AUGACAGCAAUUGGGAACCAUGAGAGGGAUUAUGUAAGUUCUGGUUCGGUUUAUCAAACACCCGACUCUGGUGGUGAAUGUGGAGUACCUUAUGAAACAUACUUUCCAAUGCCCACUUCUGCAAAGGAUAAGCCUUGGUACUCAAUUGAACAAGCAAGUGUUCAUUUUACAGUAAUAUCCACUGAACAUGACUGGUCCAUAAAUUCUCAACAGUAUGAAUGGAUGAAAAAGGAUAUGGCAUCCGUUAAUAGACAACAUACUCCUUGGUUAGUCUUCAUGGGACAUAGACCAAUAAUUUCUGAGUUUGGUUAUUUACGAGCACAUGCUACUAAAAAUGAUUUAAACUUGGAGUUUGUGACAUCAGAUACAAGAGAAGUUAAGGAUAGUUUCCGCAUUACAAAGUAA